UUGUCCCAUUUCUGAACAAAGUUUGAAUCCUUUCCCCCCUCUCUUUUUAAAAGAGAUGCCUCCCCAUGUCAUUCCCUGAAAUUGGCUCAGUCAGGGGAGCACAGUAGCCCCAAGGAGCCUGGGGCAGGUCAACCACAAAUAUGAAAUUCUGCAUCUGUUUCUUGGCCUUUGCCUUUCUUUCUGAGCUACACAGCCUGGAGGUCCCGACAAACGCCCUUCCUGACUUUGUCGAUUAUGACGAUCUCCUGGAACUAGCCCCUGACAAAUUUCAUAUAACUUCAAGGAACCAAAGACACCAGAGAAGUAUAUCCAGUAGUCCUGAAUCUGAAGAAGAGCAGGUGGAUGGUGAUGACCAGUUAAUGCUUUACAGUUACAAAGUUCAUUCCACUGUGACUUCCCGUCUGGCCAACACCAUUGUGCAAAGCAAAGUGGUGAAUAACUCUCCCCGGUCCCAGAAUGUAGCAUUCGAUGUACAGAUGCCUCGGGGGGCCUUCCUUAGCAACUUUUCCAUGACUGUGAACGGGGUGACCUUCACUAGCUCGAUCAAGGAGAAGUCUGUGGCCCGAGGCCUCUACGCGCUGGCCCGAGCAAAAGACAAAAACACUGGAUUGGUCAGGAGCAGCGGAGCGGAUAUGGAGAACUUUCAAACAACGGUGAACGUGCCCCCGGGAGCCAAGGUGCAGUUUGAAAUUCAUUAUCAAGAAGUGAAAUGGAGGAAACUGGGUGCCUAUGAGCACAAGGUGCACCUGAAGCCCGGCCAGCUGGCCAAACAUCUAGAGGUAGAUAUCCACAUAAUUGAACCGCAAGGCCUUAGUUUUGUCCAUGUUCCACAUACACUUGGGGACCAAUUUGAAGGAAUCGCGACUCUAUCUCAAGGCAACCAGAAGGCCCACAUUUCCUUCAAACCAACCGUGGCCCAGCAGCGAAAAUGUCCCACCUGUUCCCAGACCUCAGUAGAAGGAGAUUUUGUGGUCAAGUAUGAUGUGGAGAGAGAGAAGAAAUCUGGGGAACUGGAGAUUUUUAAUGGGUAUUUUGUUCACUUCUUUGCCCCGGAAAACCUGGAUCCGAUUCCUAAAAACAUCCUGUUUGUCAUUGAUGUCAGUGGCUCAAUGUGGGGAGUUAAGAUGAAACAAACUGUUGAAGCCAUGAAGACAAUAUUGGAUGACCUGCGAGCUGAAGACCAAUUCUCCGUCAUUGAUUUCAACCACAAUGUCCGAAGUUGGAAAGAUAAUUUAGUUCCAGCCACUGAUUUGAUGACUACCGAUGCCAAGAAGUACAUUGAGAAAAUCCAGCCCAAUGGGGGUACAAACAUUAACGAGGCCUUAUUGAGAGCCAUCUUUAUUUUGCGUGAAGCCAGCAACCUGGGUAUGUUGGAUCCCAACUCUGUCUCACUGAUCAUCUUAGUUUCCGAUGGAGAUCCCACAGUAGGUGAGCUGAAACCAACCGUGAUCCAGAAGAAUGUGAAGAAAAACAUGCGGGACAAUAUCUCUCUGUUCAGCUUGGGGAUAGGAUUUGAUGUAGACUAUGAUUUCUUGGAGAGGCUGUCCCGUGAAAACCAUGGAAUGGCCCAGAGGAUUUAUGGAAAUCAGGAUACUUCUUCCCAGCUUAAGCAAUUCUACAACCAGGUCUCCACCCCUCUGCUCCAAAAUGUCCAGUUCAACUAUCCCCAGGAAUUCGUGACAGAUGUCACCCAGAACAGCUUCCAUAACUACUUUGGUGGUUCGGAGAUCGUGGUAGCGGGCAAAGUCGACCCCAGGAAACUGGACCAGGUGGAGAGCGUCAUCACAGCCACCUCGGCCAGCACAGAGCUGAUCAUGGAAACCUUGGCUGAAACAGAUGGAUUAGAUGACUUCCUGUCGAAGACCAAGUAUGCAGAUCCCGAUUUCACCAAGAAAUUGUGGGCUCACCUCACCAUCAACCAGCUGCUAGCCGAGCGGAGCCUGGCAACCACAGCAGCUGACAAAAGGAAAAUCACGAAAACUAUCCUCCAGAUGUCCCUGGAGCACCAUAUCGUGACGCCGCUGACUGCCAUGGUGAUUGAGAACGCAGCCGGGGACGAGAGAAUGCUGGCGGACUCUCCUCUGGACCACAAGUGCUGCCCAGGAGUUGUAAGCCCUGGCAUUAAAACUGCUAAGAGUUCCAUCCCACCUUGGGCCAGGCCCACGCCAACGCAAGAGGGACCAAUGAAUGUGAAGCAAGCUGGAGUGCUGAUGGCUACCUCUCCCCCUCAUGUAAUGAGAGUUGAAAACGACCCCCACUUCAUUAUUUAUCUGCCAAAGAGCCAAAGGAACAUUUGCUUCAACAUCGACUCAGAACCCGGCAAAAUCCUCAACUUGGUUUCUGAUCCAGGUUUAGGGAUUGUGGUCAAUGGGGAGCUUAUUGGAGCCAAGAUGCGGAAGAAUCAGAAGCUGAGCACCUACUUUGGAAAACUGGCCUUUUAUUUCCAAAGCCAAGGGGUCAAAGUGGAAGUCAGCACAGAGAUGAUAACUCUCAAGCACGGACCUCGCACCACCAUUUUGCUGUGGUCAGACACAGCUCAUAUCACCGACAAAAGGCUGACUAUUUCUGUGAGAAAAGAGAAGAGUAUGAAAAUCACCUUGGAUAAAGAAAUGUCUUUCUCCAUUUUGCUUCACCGUGUUUGGAAGAAACAUCCCAUCAAUGUGGACUUUCUGGGCAUUUACAUCCCGCCCACCAACAAAUUCUCCUCCAGUGUACAUGGACUAAUAGGUCAGUUUAUCCCUGAGCCAGAAGUUCUUAUCUACAAUGAGAGGCCCGGCAAGGAUCCAAAGAAGCCAGAAGCCAGCAUGGACGUGAAAGGACACAAGCUGACUGUCACCAGAGGCCUGCAGAAGGACUACAGGACGGAUAUAAUACUGGGAACAGAUGUUCCCUGCUGGUUUGUGCACAACAAUGGGAAAGGAUUCAUCGAUGGGCAUUAUAAAGAUUACCUUGUCCCUCAGCUCUACAGCUUCCUUAAACGCCCUUGAGAGCUUCCACACACCAAUGUCCUCUUCUAAAAACCAGGUUUUGCCAUUUGGUGAAACAAAUCCAGUAAGUCCAAGAAAAAAUGAGUUCUUUCUCAGUGAGGGUCUAAGAUUUGGGAGUCCCAAAUGAAGCAUCUAGCUUUGUUUUUGGAUGAGGAUUGUUUUACAACUAAUUAUGGUAGAGUAAGAUGUAUUGGACAUGUUAUUCACUUGUUCAGCCUUGGAAAUACUCUUUCAAUAAACUGAAUUGACUAAAGUUUAGUAAAAACAAAUGUGAUACUGAAUCAGUUACUUCAAGAAAUACUAAUGGAACACCUGGAUUUAAGAUGGUAGGUGCUGAUUACUCAGACUGUAGCCCCCAAAACUCUGUUUUCCGUUGAUGAAAAUCUUACAAAGGUUGGCCACGUCAAGUUUCCAUGACAAGCUGGAAAGUAUUUUUAAACCAGAGAGAAAUUAAAUACCUCUUUGUUAGCAACUCCAACAACUUCUGAACCACACCGAAGAGGCUGGGUUUAUGAUUAAGUGCAUCACAUGCAAAUUCCAUGCACAUAAUCCUUGCAGUCCUCCUGACAUGUGGACUAGUCUGUGGGUCCCAAAUGAAACAGGGUCUCUUUCCAACUUGAUUAUCUUCUAUCUACCCCAUGGCUUAGUACAGCACAUGGCACACCGUAAGAGCUUAACAAGUACCAUAAUUAGCUGUACAAAUUCGGCAAAACCCUAGAAAAAGCCUCCAAUCUGACCGCCGAGAAGUACGUGCAAGCUGUGCUUCUGCCUGUGGGUGUCCCCAUGAGACCAUGGUUUUAGGCAGCUUGCAAGCUCUAAUGUUUCCGAAGCCCAAAAGAAAGGAAAAAAAAAGAGGAAAUGCUCCUGGAUGCCCAGAGAGUUAAACUAAACUGAAAAUAGUGCUGGUUAAAUGCACUAACUGGUCAGUCUCAAAAGUUUGGAGCAACUGAUUGAGAUGGAAGAUUGGGGAGGGGGUGGAAAUUAUAUGAUGUGGGCAAAACUUUUCCUGUUCCUUGGUUCUUAUUGAUGUCAAUCCCUACAUUAUAGACAGAAAGAAUUUUGGGCAGACCGAAACUGGGGCAAUUAACGUGGCUGCCAUUACUAUGACAAAUCCUCAGCAUUUCUGUACUAUGUCAAUAAAGUCCUUUCCACUCA